ACAGUAUUAAAGAAUAAUAAUACAGAAUAACCUAAAAAGUAUGAUAAUAAAAGGAAAAAUCAUUUUGAUAUUAGCUUUGCUAAACAUAUGCUUGACAGCUCCUAUUAACAUUCCCCUCAAUUCUAAUAAUUGGUAAUUAGUAUGGGGUGGAAAUCAGUUUUAAUAUGCCACCAUUGCAAAUGGUCAAAAGAUGUCAUGGGUUGGAUAACACGUCUCUUAGUGCUGUAGCUGUGGAGAAGACUAUGACACCUAUUCCACUUUGGUAGAGAGUACUAAUAUAUGGGCCAGAUACUUUAAAUUAAAUAUCACUGCUUCUACUCCUGCUUAAGCAAGAUAGGGAAGUGCUCCUUGUGCUUGGGAGGUCUUCUGGGUUGGAUUCAACUGGAGAUGGACUACUUAACCUGAAAAAAACUCUAAUUACAUAAUUUAUAAACCAGCUGAAACAGAUAUAGAUGGUGGUUUAGAAUUAGGUACUAUGUCUUAGACUGUUGGCUAAACGUUUUUGUACACUCCUGACCCUUUACCCAAAUAUGGUGCCUUGCAAAUAGGAAAAUAUUAUACCUAUAAUAUUAACAGAGGAUUUAAUAGUAUACAAUUAGGUUUAAAUAACACAUACUAUCCCUCUUAACCAAACACUGGCUUAUUCGAUUAACUUGGUUCUAUAAUGCUUUAUACUGAAGACUCUUCAGCCUCUAUUUCUUCAGUCUCUAUUGAUUUCUACUAGACUACUACCAGAUAUUAUUCUAACACAACAAUUUAGAAUCUAGCUAAUAAUUAUGUAAGUCUUGAAUCAACAGUCGCUAGCUAAGUAGGAGUGAGUGCUAAUAAAAUUAUUCUAACAGGCUUAUAAUAAUUAAAUUCAACUACUAUUAUAGGAUAUUUCUAUUAAAAUAGUUGAAAUAUAUAAAUAUCAAUAAAAAAUUAUAUAUGAAAUUAAAGUGAUAGCUUGUUUUCUAUUUUUUUCAUUAAUUAUUUCAUAAAAGUGCAACAAAAAUAAUAUUAAUAUAGCUAUUUUUUUUAUUUUGA